AUGUCGUUGGUAGCUGCUGCGGUGCCCAGUGAUGCAUCUUUCCAGGGUCACGUCAUUAGCGUGUGGAUGCAGUCGGUGGAGAAGUUCUCCACUUUCUGCACUUGGACUACGCUUAUUUCUGCUUUUGCUCAGUGGCGAUGCAGUAACUACACUGAAUAUUUGGUCCAUUCCUCAAGCAGGGUAGGUGCAGGGGAGGGGAAGGGCCUUAGGCUCUCCCCUGCUCCUCUCCCCCCCUACCCAUGUGAGCUCUACUCCACCACACCGGGAGGUACCCGCAUCAUCUACGACCGCAAGUUCCUGCUGGAGUGCAAGAAUUCACCCGUGGCCAGGACCCCUCCCUGCUGCCUGCCCCAGACCCCCGGUGUCACAUCCCUGGCCCAGUCCAGCCUCGCCAAGCUGGAGGAGCUCAAGGAGCGGAAUGAGAGUGAAGAAGCCAUGCCAGAUCAAGACCAGUUUGAGAUGGACAUCUGA